AUGGGUUUCUCCACACUAAACUCAUUAAAAAUUCUCCAUCACUCUUUGACUUUGACAGUUGCAGACGACAUCGUCGUCGUGGCAGACGACUCGGAGAGCACACGUGACUUCCUGGACUUGACCUACUUUUACAAUAACGACAACAAGGCCUUCCUCAGUGACGUGGUCGGGGGUACAGACUUCAGUGCAUGUCGAAUCGGGGUGCUCUUGUUCAGCGAUGACGUCAGAUUUCUGAGUAAUUUGACUACCAACGGAACUCAGCUUCAAUCGGACAUAGACAACAUUCAGCCAUCGGACAAUGGAUUUGGCAAAACAAACUUAGCGGACGCCAUCACGGAAGCAACACUUCUACUGUUGGACAGUAAGGCGACCACUUCAAAGGUCAUUCUUGUGGUCACUGAUGGUCAGCCGAACGAUGUGAAUGGGGCCCGUGAAGCUGCGGUUACUGCCAGGUCUCUUGGCAUAAAGAUAGGGCUUGUGCUCCCCCCUCUCCCUGACGGCAACAUUGGCUACCGGCCGGCGGACAUGCGGGGGAUCCUGGACACUGUCGCAGGGGACGAAAUCCAGAUUCUGGCAUCCCGCGCCGACCUCACGACCGUUCUCCCGUCUUCUUUCUGUCCUACUGCUGGUUCCAUUUUUGCCUGAGUAAGGCUUAAAAAGGCACUGUGGUAGUUAUGCCUAUCUCUCCCAUCACUUUUUUUUGUUACUUCGAGGAUUGAAAGAGGAAGGCUUAAAAAGGCACAGUUAUCUUCCCCCAUCACUGUUUUUGUUAUUGCGCGGAUUGAAGAGUGUUUUCCAAAAAUUGGGUACAGAUUUGUGUUGUAAUAGUAAUAGAUCUACUAAUAAUUACUACAAUGUAUUGUCAUAUUUUUAACUCCCCCCAAAAAAAGAAAACAAAAAAACCCCCAACAUUUUCCAUAAUACACAAGUGUGCUUUUGUUUUGAAGAGUUAUUGUUUUGUUUUGUUUUCUGAACUUGACAACGGAUAAAGUUACCUAGUUUUGGAAAAUCAC